AUGACGUCUCCCAAGCAGCGACGAUGGUACCAGAUGCGAUGGUUUUCGGACACUGACACCUCCGGGGACAGAAAGCUGAUUCUCAAGCUGGAUGCUCUGAUUGUCCCGUAUGCCUUUCUGUCCUACUGGACGAAAUACAUCGAUCAAGCCAACCUGAACAAUGCCUAUGUGUCGGGAAUGCAAGAAGAGAUCGGCCUCGGGGGAGAUGACUUGGUGAACCUCCAGACGAUGUAUACGGUUGGCGCGGUGGUUGGCCAGCUCCCAUUUGCGUAUCUCUUCACGCGGGUGCCCAUCUCAUGGCUGAUCCCUAUCAUGGACAUCGCCUGGGGCAUCUUCACUCUUCUCCAAUACCGGGCCACCUCGUACAGCGAGAUGAUGGCCUACCGAUUUCUGGUGGGAUGGUUCGAGGCGGCAUUCUUCCCCGGGAUGCAUUAUAUAUUUGGGGCCUGGUAUCGCGGAGACGAGAUCGCCCGCCGUGGGGGGUGCUUCUAUGUGGGCCUGACGCUGGGCACCCUCACAGCCAGCCUCAUCCAGGCCGGGGCUUCCUCGCGCCUGGAUGGGGUGUCUGGCCUUGCCGGCUGGCGAUGGAUGUUCAUUAUCUGCGCGAUCAUCACCAUUCCUAUCGGCAUCUUGGGAUUUUUCGUCCUACCCGGUACCCCGGACAAGCCCAACCGACUGAUUCUUCGCGAAGAAGACAUUCAAUGUGGGCGUGAGCGACUCGAGCGCACCGGUCAUCGGUUCACCUCGUCCGGCUUCUCCACGCUGCAAACCUGUCGAUCCCUCCUUAAGAACCAGAAAUUCUACAUCUUUCUCGUCUUGGAUAUCCUGUUCUGGAAUGCUGGCCUCCACGCGUCCGCAGGGGGGUAUCUCCUCUGGCUAAAAUCGCUCCAACGCUUCAGCACGGCCACCCUGAACAACCUCUCCGCUAUUGCCCCCGCCCUAGGCAUCUUCUAUACUCUCUUUGUGUGCUUCCUAUCGGACCUCUGUCUGGGUCCAGCGUGGGCCAUUGUCCUAGCCCACACCUGGAACAGCCUUGGACUGAUCAUUCUCACGAUCUGGGAGGUGCCCGAAUCGGCCAAGUGGUUUGCGUUCUCGACCAUCUAUGCGUGUGUGGCCAUGUCGAGCGUGCUGUACGGGUGGGUCAACACCGAGCUCCGGUAUUCCCCGCAGGAACGAGCCGUGGUCCUGGUGGUCAUCAAUGCGGUCUCUCAAUCUACGACUGCCUGGACGCCAUUGCUGGUGUUUCCGACUGUGGAGGGGCCUCGAUUCACCAAGGGUUAUGCAUUCACAUUGGCGUCUGCGCUGGCGUUGAUUGUGGGGACCAUUGGGGUCUGGGUUGUUUUUCGGAAGAAGGCGAUAGUCAGUACUGGUGGUGGGGUGGAGAGCGGCGAGGAGGGAGAGGAGGAGGUAGUUGUGGUGCAGGGGAAGAGGGCCGGCAAGACUGGGGACUCUGAGCAAUAG